AAAGCUUCGGAGGCAGCACACGCUCUUCGCUUAGUCGCUCGUCGUUACACCUUUCGCUGUCGCCGAACGCCGUCGCCGUCUGCAGCGCAGCUCGCGGCGCAGUCGCUGAUCGUGUGUGUGUUUUUAUUGUUAUUGUUUCAACGCAUAUAUUGUUCAAUUAAUGAACGAAAAGCUGAAAAAGUUUCGAUUUCAAAAUUGAAUUUUUAAUAAAUUCAAUGCAAAUAGAUGUGCAAACAAAAUAAAACCUCCAACGCUCUGUGACUCUGAACAACCGAAAAAAGAGAUAUAUUAUAUAGAAGAAUGUAGACGCGCGACGCUACCCAUGAAAUUCGAAAACUAAACCAAAGAUAAAAUGGCAAAGAAUGAUGCGAAGCCGCACGUAAAUAAAUUAAUAAACCCAAUCAAGAAACCCCGACAAAACACGACGAACAAAACAAAUCAAUUUGCAAAUGAAUAAACGAAAGUAGUAACCAAAACCAACAAAACAAAGCGAAUAAUCAACGAGUGUGUAUGUUAUAACCAGCAAAGGAAAAGUUCCGGGCAAUAAAAAAUAAGAAAAUUGCAUGAUUUUGCGGGCGAAAGCAAGAGUCGUCCCUCCUUUAUUCCCCGAUUCGCAGCCAGAAGAGGAUUAGCUGCCGUAGCCAUCAUGUCUCGUUGUGACAAUCACAAAUCCCGUCGCCAGCAGCUGCCCGUUCCGGCGCCCCUUUCCUCCUCCUCCGCCGCCUCCUCUCGCAGCCACCUCCACUCCAGUCACUCGGAUUUGGGCGGGGGCGAGUCCUUCCUGCAAUAUUGCAGCGACAGCGAGAAGCGACCACCGCCCAUUGUGGUAGUUGUCGGAGAUGGACGGAGCAGGGUGCGCCGGGUGGUGCGCACAGCCACGCGGCACGUGACGGUGGUCAGUCUGUCGACGCGGCACAAGGAGACGCAGACGCACACCUCGCACCAUGUGACGGCUGUCAGCUUUCCCCAGAAGAGCCUCGAAAGAAGUGGCUCUACCCAAUAUGAGCUGGCCGGGGCGCAACAGCCGGGUUCCGCUAGCGCCUCCAGUUGCACGGAUAGCGCCAGUGUCGGUGGCUAUGUCUACCUGCAGAAUCACUAUGCGCCCGGCGCCCACAGCUCCUCCUCCGCCGCCAUCAACUAUCCUGCGCAACAGCAUCCACAGAUGGUCUACCAGAUCCAACAGUAUCCCACGUGCCAUCAGCAACAGGCGCAGGCCCACCACCAGCAUCAGCAGCAACAGCACCUCCACCAGGCUGGUCACUACAUGCAGGUCACGGCGACGGGUCAGUACCACCACCACAUGCUCCACGGCCACGGGCAUCAUGCCCAUCAUCAUGGACAUGGCGGAGCGGUGGUCAUUGCCGGCAGCGGAGUGGGCACGGGACUGGGAGCCGGAGCCACCAGUGUGAUCAUGCAGCAGCAGCAGCACCAGCAGCAGCAACAGAAUAUGCACAAGAAGAACUCCAUCCGGAAUGGCGGGGAUGUCCUCAAGCGAACGCGAGCUCAGUCAGCCUACGAACUCUCCCAAGAUCUGCUCGAGAAGCAGAUCGAGCUGCUGGAGCGCAAGUACGGCGGAGUGCGAGCCCGCAACGCGGCGGUGACCAUUCAACGCGCCUUCCGUCACUACAUGAUGGUGAAGAAGUUUGCCUCCAUUACGGCCAUGGCCAAGGCGGAGAAGCGGCUCAGCCGCCGAAUGGUGGUUACGGCCAGCAGCUUGGGCCUGGCGGAGGAGGGUGGAGCCUCCUCCUCAUCGGCAUAUGGAAGUGCCACGGAAUCUCAGCUCGACCAGCAGCAGCAGCAACAGCAGCAGCUUCAGCAACAGCAGCAGCCACGUGUCACCAUCAUGGCGGGUCCGCCGGGAGCAGCAUCGCCGGGCUUAUCAAGGACCCCGCCCACCCGAUCGCUAUCCAUGCGGGAGCGACGUCAGCUGGACUGCAGUCCCAUACCGCGUAGUCAGUCAGGAGCCUCACCCGCCUCCAUAGCCAACUCUACAGUCACCUCAUCCGCCGCUCUGGCCUCCCAUCCUCACGUAAAUCUGCUGCACGCGGCCGAGCCGCAUUACUACAACGCCCAGGCUCUGCCCACGCCGGCCGCGUACUACACCAGUUACCAUGGCUCGCCGCACGACCUGAGCUACGCCACCAGCUCGGCGGACACCUCGCUGAACGCCUCGUGGGUGAACACCAGCGGCCACUCCCCGCACACGCCCUACUACUCGGCGGCCCAGAUCUAUAUGCGGCCCAAGGGCGGCAGCACCACGCCCACGCCCAGUUGCAGCGGCAGCACCGGCAGCGGUAGCGGUGGUAGUGGCAGCGGCAGCAGCAAGAAGGUUCCCCCAGAGGUGCCCAAGCGGACCAGCUCGAUAACGGCCCAGCAGCAGAGCCAGCUGCUUCUGCUGCAGCGCCAGACGCCACCGCCGCCGUCGCUGCUGCGAACAAAUGGCCUGUGCAAGACGGCAGAGAACGGCAGCCUCACGUCCGUGCAGAGCUCCGGAUCGGAUUCGAGUGUGACCUCAGCGGAACGCAACCUCAACAGCGAUCUGGGCUCGGAUCGCAGCAACUCGCCGCACACCUGGAAGCGCGGAACGGCGUUGAACAGCUCCCAGCAGUUCUCCACGCACUCUGCAGACUCGGCAGCGGCAGCAGCUGGAGUGACGGUGGUUGCCGGCGGUGCCGGUGUCUACGCUGCCCAGAUGCAGGCAGCCGUGGCAGCAGCCACUGCGGUGGGUGCCCUGCCCCCAACGGACGACCAUGCCAUCUCCUCGCACACGAGUGCCGCCCAGUACGAGCAGCAUGAGCAGCAACAGCACGAGCAGCAGCAGUUGCAGGCAGCAGCGGCGGCCGCUGGCGUGGCGCAGAACUACAAGAUGUCGGAGACGAUACGCAAGCGACAGUAUCGCGUCGGCCUCAAUCUGUUCAACAAGAAGCCCGAGAAGGGCAUCACCUAUCUGAUCCGGCGGGGAUUCCUGGAGAACACCCCGCAGGGUGUCGCCCGUUUCCUCAUAACCCGCAAGGGGCUGUCCCGGCAGAUGAUCGGCGAGUAUUUGGGCAAUCUGCAGAAUCAGUUCAACAUGGCUGUGCUCAGCUGCUUCGCCAUGGAGCUGGACCUGUCCGGCCGCCAGGUGGAUGUGGCACUGCGAAAGUUCCAGGCCUACUUCCGGAUGCCCGGCGAGGCGCAGAAGAUCGAGCGCCUCAUGGAGAUCUUCUCGCAGCGCUACUGUGAGUGCAACGCAGACAUUGUCGGGCGGUUGAGAUCAUCCGAUACGAUCUUUGUCCUGGCCUUUGCCAUCAUCAUGCUGAACACGGAUCUGCAUACGCCCAAUCUGAAGCCGGAGCGACGCAUGCGCGUUGAGGACUUUAUUAAGAACCUGCGCGGCAUCGACGACUGCCAUGACAUUGACAAGGACAUGCUGAGUGGCAUUUACGAGCGCGUCAAAUCCGACGAAUUCAAGCCGGGCAGCGACCACGUCACCCAGGUGAUGAAGGUCCAGGCGACCAUUGUCGGCAAGAAGCCGAAUCUGGCCCUGCCCCAUCGCCGCCUCGUCUGCUACUGCCGGCUGUACGAGAUCCCCGACGUCAACAAGAAGGAACGGCCGGGCGUGCAUCAGCGCGAGGUGUUCCUGUUCAACGAUCUGCUGGUCAUCACCAAAAUCUUUAGCAAAAAGAAGACCUCGGUGACGUACACGUUCCGCAACAGCUUCCCGCUGUGCGGCACCGUUGUCACCCUGCUGGACAUGCCCAACUAUCCGUUCUGCAUCCAGCUGUCGCAGAAGGUGGACGGCAAAAUCCUGAUCACCUUCAACGCCCGCAACGAGCACGAUCGCUGCAAGUUUGCCGAGGAUCUCAAGGAGUCCAUCAGCGAGAUGGACGAGAUGGAGUCGCUGCGCAUCGAGGCGGAGCUGGAGCGUCAGAAGUCGGCGCGCAAUCGGGCGCCGGGCAAUGCGGAGAAUCGCGACAGUGGCGUGGCCGACGUGGAGGUCUGUCCCUGUCCCUACCAGGCGGGAUCCCAGGCUGCCGGCGAGCAAGCACCCAACUCGGCCGAUUCCUCGCAGCAGCUGAAGCGCAGCGCGCUCAGCAACAGUCUCCUGGAUAUGCACGAGCAGUUUGGCAAUGAGAAACCGCAGCGACGCGGCAGCGUUGGCUCCCUGGACAGCGGCAUGAGCAUCUCGUUCCAGUCCACCACCAACUCGAGCGCCUCGCGGGAGAACGCCGCCGCAAUUGCUGCCGCAGCGAAUGCAGCGGCGGCUGCCAAGAUGCGCUUCAACAUGCCGCCCACGGCGGCCAUUGCCACGCCCAGCAAUGUGUAUGCAGCGCCCGGCAUGCAGGCCUAUACGCAUGCCAACUUUGUGCAGCAGUCGCAGGCCGCCUACAUGCUGCAGCAGCAGCAAAUGCUCCAGCAGCAAGCACAAAUGCAGGCCCAGGCACAGGCUCAAGCUCAAGCUCAGGCCCAAGCCCAAGCCCAGGCGCAAGCGCAGUCCCAGCCCCUAACUGGACGCAUACCGGGUCGAGAACGGAAGGCCUCGCGCACGGAUGAGAACGGACGGUCGACGGAGGUCUAAGUCAUCUAUUGUACAUUUUAGUUAUUGAGCGAAAACGAUAAAUAUAAAGUCUAUAUAGCCUAUAUAGAGUGGAAUAUCUGUAUAAUCCGAAUCGAAA